AUGCUUUUGGAAAUUUGCUGGACAGCUCUUGUCCAUUUUUUCAGCUUUCAAUCUUUGUUCUCGUCCCAGCAGUAUCCGCUUCCACCAAAUGGGGGAGUAGAAUACCCAACCUCGCCUACUGCGGCAGCCGGUCAGGCUGACCCGUCAGAUAUGCUGGAAUUCCCGCCCCUUGGUGCCAUAGAUGGCUUUACAUGCCAAUAUCCGGGACUAAAGAACAAAUACAUUGCCCUACCGGAUGGAAACCAGAGUCUUUGGCUUCAGCCAUUGGAAAAAGACAUCCAGGACGAGCAGUAUGAUAUUGAUACGGACUAUGAGAUAAAAGCACCCACAGGCGUAAUUCGAGAUGUCUACGUUAACGUGACUAAACUGGCGUCGGAUAAAGCGCUUAAGCCCGAUGGUGUCGCUUUCCCGGAGGGAAAAUACAUCAACGGCUCGUAUCCUGGUCCUCGAAUUCAGGCGUGCUGGGGCGAUACCGUUCGUGUCCAUGUCACGAACAAGGUGGAUAAGAACGGAACUGCAAUUCAUAUGCAUGGCAUCCGUAUGUUAAACACCGGUUAUUCGGAUGGUGUUCCAGGUGUCACCCAAUGUCCUAUUGCCGUGAACGAUACCUUCACCUACGAAUUUCAAGCGGUUCAGUAUGGCACAACCUGGUACCAUAGCCAUUACAGUCUCCAAUACACCGAUGGCAUGCUUGGCCCGUUGACUAUCUACGGACCUGCAUCGAGCGCCUUUGCAAAAUGGACUUAUCAAGUGGUGGAAAAGCAUGGUCCUCGGAUUCCGAUGGCUAGCAUUCUCAUCAAUGACAAAGGCAGCUUCGCGGGUCAUUAUCAGGACAACCGAUACAAGACAGACAAGCUCAAGCCGGGCAAGAAGUAUCUUCUUCGUCUAAUUAAUGCGGCAACCGACACUGCAUUCAUUUUCAGCAUCGACGAACAUAAGAUGAAAGUCAUCGGUGCAGAUUUGGUGCCCGUAGAACCUUAUGAUAUGGAGUCAAUAUAUAUUGGAAUUGGCCAGCGAUACCACGUCAUCGUGGAAACCAAAUCCGAGCCCGAAGAUACAAACCGGAAUUAUUGGAUUCGAACUUGGCCUGCCACGGGCUGUCACAAUUUCGACUGUGAACCAAAUGAAAGACAGGGUAUCUUCCAGUACAAUCCCAAUGAUACUGAGGAUCCCAUAUCCACCCCAUAUAGACCACCCUAUGGAGGACAGUGUCGGGAUGAAGACCAUGACAAGCUGAUUCCGAUGUUCCCUUGGACUGUACCGAAGCCAACACCCGAUCAACUGAAACGGGUCACGUUCCCGUUUGACGUCCUGAAACAAGAUAAUUUUACAAUGCCCCCUGAAGGAUGGAAUGGUACCGAUCCGACAUGGAGCGCAUGGGAGGUCAACGGGGCACCUGCCUGGGUGAACUACCAAGAUCUGACUAUCAAUCACCUGGACGACAACCAUACCUGGCCUGCAAACGCUGCUCUCUUCGAAUUGAAUUCGGACCCAAACUCGGACGAACCAACUUGGGCAUAUAUGGUGAUAGACGGUGGGCAUCAAGAUGAGGAGGAAAAGCCCCCGGGAGAGAGUAUUAUUCCUGCGGCGCACCCGAUGCAUCUGCAUGGCCAUGACUUUGCUCUGCUGAAGCAAUCAUACGAUUCAUUCGACGAUGACGUUGCUCGCGAUCCUGACGCCAUGCAGGGAUUCAUCGAAAGCCUCACGUACAAAAAUCCAGCUCGUCGCGACGUUGUCUUGCUACCCAAAAAUGGGUAUGUUGUGAUUGCGUUCAAGCUUGAUAACCCGGGCACGUGGCUGCUGCAUUGCCACAUUGCCUGGCAUGCCUCCGGUGGCUUAGCUUUGCAGAUCCUUGAAGAUAAGGACAAGGUUCAGGAGCUAUUAAAGAAAGAUAUCAAUCCAGACCAGACCGCAAGGGCCCAAAUUGACGAUGGGUGCGCGGGGUGGAAGAAAUGGUGGGACAAGAAAGAAAAUCGCUGGAAUCCAGAUGCGCGAUUCCAAGAUGAUUCUGGAGUCUGA